GGAGGAAACAGUGUGGUAAAAAUGUGUGGGGGAGAAAUAAUGGGGCUGGAGGCUGGGAGUGGAGAAAAGCAUCAAGAUGAAGGGUGGAGUGGGAGAACAAGAGCUAGGCUAGGGAGAAGGCUGGAACAGGGAAGGGAAGGGAAUGGUGAGGAGAGGGGUUGGGUGGAGAGAAGGCUGGGUGUGGUGAGACAACAAAAUGGAAAAGUCCAUGUAGAGGGAAGAAGAUUGAGUGGGCUGGGAAGUAGCUCUUUUCAUUCAUUCUCCGCCUUGCAGCCUCUAGUCUUGCUAUUUCUGUUCCUUGCCCUGGUUAGCCUCUCUUCUAGCCAGGCCUGUAUGGCAACUGAUCUGUGGCUAGCUAGAUACUUCAUGGGAGCCAUUUUGUGGUGAUGCUCACAGCAGUUUCUCAAAUUCCCAAAUGUGUUCAAAGGUCCAAAAAAGUUUGGGACCCCUGGCCUAAACUGAAUUCUUUAUCGUCUCUGUUGAAGGUCUUUGUCACAGCUCUCUUAAGUGCCUUGUCCUGGUGCGGGAAUGCAGAGUGGGUUAGCUGAUGGGCCAGCAUGCAGCAUGGAGAGCCUUGUGACUUGACAGGGGUUGCUGCUGGCAGCUUGCUCUUAACUUUGCAAAUAUAUCUUGGGAAACUGCCCUUUUGAUACAUAGGACAGAAAACAAUUCUCUGGAAGUAUCUGGAGAGACUUCUGUCUUGUUACUAUUAAGGUCUGUUGCUUUCUUCAUUGCAAGCCACGCAGCACAGUAAAAGCACUUGAUGUAACAUGGUUUGUUUUAUGCACUUGAGAGGUUGUGUCUGGGGAACCUGUGUCAAUAAUCUUUCCCCCUUGACUUUAGAAGGAGUGUGCAUGUGACUUAGUGUACUGGAGAACCCUUGUGAAACAGGCUGUUAUUUUACAACUGAUUGAGAAGAAUUUUGGAAUACAAUGGUGUGUACUGGCUAGAUACAACAACCCAGUUUGCACUUAAUGGCUAUUGUAAGUUCAUGAACUCACAGCUAGCCACAAUCUAGUAUGAGUGAGCAAGAAUCUAUCUACAGUGCUCUCCUGCCUUUUGUUUACACCCUGCAGUUACCCUUUUUGUAGGUUGAUCAUGUAAUGUCUGAACCAGGUUUUCUGGAUUAGGGAUUACACAACAGAAAGUAAAUCUACACUCUGUUCUUGGGCUGACUUGGGGCAAUCAUGGGUUUUUAACUGAAAACAGAAGUGAGGAGCAAGUUGGAGGCAGUGCAGUGGCUGGCUCCCCCUCAUGUCCACAAAAAUCCAUGGUUUAUAUAACCCAAGGUUUAUUGUUGUGUGCAAACCAAUUCAAUAUAAAUAAAAGGUUAGUUCUAAGCAAGAUACGUUUGAUUUUUCUUGCCUUCGAAAUCCAUUCCCUCUCCCAUGUUCUCUCUCAUCUCCCUCUCUUCCUUUUUCCUGGUACCUAGCCAAGCAUGGUACAGCACACGUGGAAUAUUUCUUGGUAUACUCAGUGUCUGUAGGGAUUUUUGAAUCCCAGUUUAAUCACUGAAGGAAACAAUGGAAGCACAGAUGCUUGGAACGCAAAGGCUUUCAUUUAUUUUGUAUAACUCUGUUUUGCCAUUGAGACAUUUGGGAAAUAGGAGAUUUUAGAUAGUUUUAGCAAAUAAACCUGCUAGCUUUGCUGCAGAUAAACAUUUAUACUCUGAACCUGUAUAUUGUAUUCAGUGUAAUGCAAAAGCUGAACUAAGUAUCUAGGUUUUGUUUCUUUCGUGGACUCACUAGAUAGUCUCUGGUAAACUACGCAGUCCAGUUCACACUUUGCCAUGAGGAGUUGCUAGCACUGACGUACCUUGCAGGAUUGUGAUAAGGAUUAUAUUGAGCAUUAUUGUGAAAAGGGAGGAUAGACCUAUUUCAAGUAAAGAUUACAAUAAGCAUUGGGAACAUUUGGUACCAGUACUGCAGAAAUGCUAGAAACUAUUCUCACAUUUUUAGCAUCUCUGCAACAAGCAUAACAUGUGGUGCAGAAACUGUAACUUACCUUAUAUGCAGAUUAUUUCCUGGGUUGCUCCUUCAUUGUGAUUUUCUUAUACCCUGAAGAAAUAAUCUUGGUGGGAGGAGGAUAAUCAGGUCAGAGCAUAUCUUUUAAUGUCUGCACAACAGCAUUUUAUUAUCACAUGUAUAACGCCUUUAAGUGAACAGUGUGUACUACUGAAUUGCAGCCCAAGGUCAGCAGUUUCCAUUUAGUUUUAUCUCCAUUUUGUGGAAUUGCAAGCUGUGUUUGUUAAAGGAGCCUUAAAGAAACAAAAAACACAUUCCACCCUGAACUUGUGCAGUUGUACUUGGACAUCCUCAGUAUGUUUUGUGCAGUGUGCUAAGCAGUAGCCUGUGAGGGUGGUAGUGAUAUGGAAAGGAAAGUUAAAGUUAUGGAACAGGUUGUGGGAAGCUGUGAAAUAGCUUUGAUUACUUCUGCUUACGGGAGUGAGCAAAUUCUUGUGACUUAAUGGGCGCUCGGAUAUAAUGGUGCCCGUUUCAAUAGUCCCUCCCACUGUCUAUUUGUACUGCUUCCCUUUUUUGGAAUUGUUCUUAAAAUUAGUUCGUGUCUCUUGGCAAUUUGAAAUAUUGUUUAUAAAAGUUACCCAUGCAAGCUUUUAUGCACACAGUUUGUUCAAAGGUGAAUUAUAAACUGGCAAAUCACAGAUCAAGACCCAACAAUCCUCCCCACUACACAAAAUUUUCUGUAGCAAAUGGAUUCUAAGAGAGUCUUGUGAACACCCUGUGAGGUAGGACCAGCAGCCUUAUGUCAGAUGGCGGCAUUUUUCUGGUGCAUGAACCCCGCUGUAAGGCAACUUGAGAUAACAGUGACAAAAUAGUUCAGAUGCAGGGGUGGGGGUGUCCUGUGACUGCACUUGACAAUGACAUUUCCUAGAUAUUGGACCUGAGCCAAAGCAACAGUACCUGGGAAAGAAUUUGACCCAUGCAUUACACAGACAGAUCUCUUGCCUCCCUGUUAAUAAGUGCGCGCGCGCGCACACACACACACACACACACACACACACACACACACACACACACACAUCUGUGAUCAGUGCUGCCGUCUUGUGGACUUGGGUACUUUUUGCCAGGAGUGUUUCUGGUGCUGGGACUGCCUGGUCUGACAGGGACUGAUCUGCGCUUGACCUGUAGGAGUGCCUCUUGGAGCCUGUUGUAGUGGAGGACUUUAGUGUGGCAUGCAUUGUUACCAUGCAUUGGAACAUAAGUCUUCAAAGAUGUGUCUUGGUGCUGCACCUUUGGUUUUUGGGUUUUGCCUGCUGUAUGUCAACCAGCACAGAAGCCCCGUCCCAGCCUUCCAUCACGGCGGCCUCCUUCCUGCAGGACCUCUUCCUCCGGUAUGGCGAACAUGACAAGCUCACUUUGCAGCAGCUUAAAUCCCUGUUGAAUCGCCUAGAUGUGGGGGUUGGACGGAACAACAUCAGCCAUACAAAGCAGCAGCAGAGGAAUGUCUCCUGGUGCUUCAGUUCCUCAGAGCUCUUUGCUACCCACAACCUGAGUGAAGGGUCUCACCUGGGCCAGAGUGAGUUCCAAGAAUUCUGCCCAACUAUCCUGCAGCAGCUGGAAUCAAGAGCAUGCAGGCCGGAGAAUCUGGAGAAUGAGCAAACAGAGGAGGGGAAGCCCAGUUCUGUAGAAGUCUGGGGUUAUGGUUUCCUCUGUGUGACCAUCAUUUCCCUCUGCUCCCUGGUCGGGGCCAGUGUGGUGCCUUUCAUGAAGAAGACCUUUUACAAGCGGCUGCUGCUCUACUUCAUAGCUCUGGCGAUUGGCACUCUCUACUCCAAUGCCCUCUUCCAGCUCAUUCCUGAGGCCUUUGGGUUCAAACCUGAAAAAGAUGAUUAUGUCUCCAAAUCUGCUGUUGUCUUCGGGGGCUUUUACCUAUUCUUUUUUACAGAGAAAAUACUGAAAAUGCUUCUCAAGCAGAAAGACCAGCAUCUUCACGGGCACAGCCACAGCCACUACAGCACUGAGACGCUUCCUUCCAAAAAGGACCAGGAGGAGGGAGUCACUGAGAAGCUGCAGAACGGAGACCUGGAUCACAUGAUUCCUAACAAGAACAGCAAUCUGGAAUGCAAGAAUCCGUCAGUGGAUGAGAAGAUUGUUAGCUCCUUAUCUGUUCAGGAUCUCCAAGCUUCUCAAAGCACAUGCUACUGGCUGAAAGGUGUACGUUAUUCUGACAUUGGCACCCUGGCCUGGAUGAUUACCCUGAGUGACGGCCUUCACAAUUUUAUCGACGGUUUAACCAUUGGGGCCUCUUUUACUGUCUCCGUCUUUCAAGGAAUCAGCACCUCUGUGGCCAUUUUCUGUGAAGAAUUCCCCCAUGAGCUAGGUGACUUUGUCAUUCUGCUGAAUGCUGGAAUGACAAUCCAGCAAGCGCUCUUCUUCAACUUCAUCUCAGCUUGCUGCUGCUAUGUGGGACUAGCCUUUGGUGUAGUGGCCGGCAGCCACUUCUCUGCCACCUUUAUCUUUGCUCUAGCUGGCGGAAUGUUUCUCUACAUUGCCUUGGCGGAUAUGUUUCCAGAGAUGAAUCAAGUCAGCCAAGAAGAUGAAAGGAACGGCAGUGCUUUGAUUGCCUUCGCUAUCCAGAAUGCAGGACUGCUGACAGGAUUCACCAUCAUGGUGCUGCUCACCAUGUACUCCGGAGAGAUCCAGCUGGGGUAGAGGCGUGUGUCUUGCUACCUGCCGGGCGUAGGGACUGUGUAAAGCACAGCUUCUGUCCAACGAUUACAGAAAGAGGCAUGUUUAUUCAGCCUGCUUCAUAGACUUCUUACGGACUGACUUACAGUGGCUGACAAAGCUUGUCACUGUACGAUUAAGUGACCUAAGCACCAUUUUUUUAGAGUAGCAACCGCUUCCUUCUCCCCUUUCUCCUUCACAUUCUAAUGGAUUCUAAGAAGAAAAAGCUUCCCGUUCCAUACGUCCUCUUAAGUGCCCCCAGCCAGAGGUUUUUGAAUUCCCACAUCCUUUUUGGCCCAGCAGUGGAUGACACAGCAAACUCUGUCUGCUACAACUGUUGCAUCAGUCAGUUUGAAAGCAGAGAGCUGUUCUCAGAAUUUUAAACGGAGCAUCCAUGGUUGGUCAAUUUGGGAAAAAUGCCCCGAAUUUGGAAUGGUUAAUGGUUUGCAGAUCAAGAAUAAAUAUUUCCAGUAGUAUAAGAACUUAUAAAAACUGUGGGUGGUAGGGACCCACUGGAAAAAGCUUUCCCUUCUUUGUGUGUAUGAGAAAGAGAGCUUUCUGUGAUCUGUCUAAAAUCAAAACAUAAGAAAUGCUUUCCUAUUAAAGCAUUUCUCCUAUUAAAAUACACAUACACAUUAAUGCAAGUUUUAAAGGUUGACAAAGAAAAAUGGUGUGAUUAGUUCACCCAGGAUUUCUUGACAGGUGAUAAAACUAAUUGCAAACCAUUUGGGAUAUUCAAAAAGAAAAUGACUGUCCUUCAAGAACGGUUUUGGUCCUCUUUAGAUCCCUUGUUCCAUCUUUUAUGUUUUAAAGAAUUUAACUUUUCCUUAAACACUGGGGCGUAAGCCCUCCCUUUUAAUUUCCUCUGUCUUCCUCGAAAAGAGUCUCUCACAUACUGGCCUGCUUCUUUUCAAAGUGUGCUUCCUAAGCAGUUGCUCUCCAUCCUCUGGUUGGUGUGAAGAGGUGUUGCAGCAGUCUGUGAAAGUGAAGCCCAGAUUUGGGGAGAGGGACAGUUUGUCUUAGGAAGUGUACUUCAGGAUGAGACUUCCCAGAGUCACUAGGUGAACUGAUGUAUUAUCAUAUUGAUAAUAUCAAGCCCUUCAGCUUAAGUGUAUAGAUUUUCCACCCGACACAUUCUGUAUAAGAAUUUGUAGUUUUUGUGCUGUGUAAACAAGAGGAAGCCUAGUUCUUUGACAGAAAAACUAAGAUGAUACCUACUCUGUCGGGUUUUCCACACCCUCACAGCUGGGACUUUGUAUAUCUGAAUUGAUUUAUCCUGGUGCAUAAGGGAACACAUAUCUUUGCUCUCCACCCUUUCCCCCAGAUUGGUUUGUGAUGCAGAAAAUGACUGGAUCGCCUCCAUUAUAUUUCCCUGUCAUGGGAGGAUUUCGCUCCUACUUCAGCCCCAAGAUGCAUUAGUGUGCAGUGCAUAUCCAAAAGGUGCGCAUCCUCAGCUGCACUGCAACGAAGUCAUGUAACACUCAAAAGGAAAUUCUUUUGCACAGAUAAACAGGAUGUCCAGGAGCCCUCAAUGCGCACUUUCUUCCUCACUGUGCCCAUUAAUGAAACUGCCUCUUCUCUCAAAAAUGAAAGGUAUACAGGUGCCAAAUCAGUUUGGCAACAUGGGGGGGGGUUAGACCCCUUUGCCCAAAUCAAGUUCCCCCCUUACCUAUUUUUUUACUCUUGUGUAAAUUGGUCCUUAGCAACUUGUUCUACCCUGUGUAGACAAGAGGCAUUGAUAUCUCCUUUCCUUUACAAGGCUCUUGGGAUUAAAGUCCACCUGUGUGGAGCUGGGAAAAGUGAUACUGAGACCAGGAGGCCAGAAGCAAGUACCAGCUCUAUUAAUUUUCAAAGCCUUUACUGGCCUUUGUUUGCAGAAACUGUGAAGUGUAGCUGACUGACAAAAGCUGUUCACUCAUUUAAAUGAUAACAAUAGAAAAUGAAGGUUUUGAGCAUCCCUGGAAAGUUGAGGUCCCUGGUAGAAAACAGAGUACUUUGGAGGAGGUUGUUAUAGUGGCAUCAAUUCAUUUUCAAAAUAAGGAAGCAUGAACUUGAGUUUUCCCGGCAAGGUAAACUGCUGCAUCUCCUUUUGAGAUCUCUGUUAACGUUGCGUAUUUGCUUAGCUGUCUAUUACUCAUUCAUUUCUACUAGCACAACUGAUAUAGUUACUAGAGUUAGAAAGUACAACUUGCCUAUGGCAGAAAUUAUGUUUAUUCCAUUUUUAAGGACUUUGUAGCCAUUUUGAAUGAAGAGGCUUCAAUAGAAUUUUACAAUAUACCUGCCUGAUCAAAUAGUCACUUGUUAUUGGUUUGAACCAACGGAUGUUGUUAAAAAGCAUUAACACCAUUUUAUUCAAUAAUUCUUAGGAUCUUUCCAGUGAUAUCCCUAGGAUACCUUAUCUGUAUUUAUGUUCAUUUUAGGAAGAAACAUUUUUGACCAUGACUUUUGAGCUGGGAACCAUCAUUCAGACUUUGUAGUGGAGUUUCUUUGAUAAUUUUAAUCCUUGGCAUGUUAAUAAUAAAUAUACCAAAAUGAAGCGCAUCCUUUUGUUCUUGGAAAGGUCAGAACUGAAUAGUCCAGCACUAACCAUUCAGGUCCUGUUCUUUGACUUGAGAGCAAACGGAUGAAAUAGGUCCUACUCAUGUCAUUUUAUGGCUUCAUUUAGGAAUUAAAUCUUUUAGAACAAAUUUUCCAGGACUGCAGCAGAGAAAUGAUUCUCUGGCCAGUAAGGUAGCUUGCUGCAAGGUACUAAAUACUCAGCUAAGUCAAUAUCUGUAUUUUAAGGUUAUUUUUGAGAUCAAUCCAGUAUUUGCACUGUGUAAGAAUCUUUAUUAAAUCUCUUCACCUCAGCUAUGUAGAUUCCUUGCCUACAAUAUUGUCUACAAUAUUUUCAUAGUCUUGAGUUCCCUUUCAUUGCAGAACUGAGUUAAUGAAACGCAUUUUGAGAAAAAGGAGCGUUGAUCAAGCCUGGCAACAGGGACAGUACAAAAAUAAUUCUGUAACGCCUGCUCCAGUGUAACACGCUGACCAACCCUGCAUGUACUUCUUCAGAAGCAAGUCCCGCUGAGUUCUGUGGGGCUUUUCCACAGCAGUGUAUUGGAAUAUAGGUUCAACAUUCAUGGAAUUUAAUGAGGUGGUAAAUACAGUUAUUGCACUCAGAAGUUCAAAGGGCACACAUCUCUCUUGCUUGUGCCAGAUCCAUUUAAAUCUUUCAGGAAAGGGACUGAGAAGGGUGAAAGCAAAACUGACCAAACUGUGAGCAAGUGUUGAUUUCUUAUUUGUAUUCCUAAUGAGUGUUUUCUUGCAGGUUGAUUCCCCCACUGCCCGUCUUAGUAUUUGAAUAACUCAGGUGUUGUAAGAAAAUUCACUGAAACAAAGAGCUUAACUUAUGUCACGUGACUUGUAAAGUUGUUUGUAAAAUGCCAUGAAUAAACUAUAUUCUGUAAUGACAAUAAAAA